CCUUUUAGCUGCAAGUCAACAGGAUGUGAGCCAAAACCACAAACUUUUCAGAGCAACUGUGCCUGUUUCAACAUGUUGCAGUUGGGUCUGACAUAAUCAAAUGAGCAGCAGUUAAAACAGCAGCUCCUUACAGCUGCUUUGACAGCCUUGACUUCAUCUCAAAUGAUAAAAAAAGACUUUGCUCGGGACAAUACUAAGACUAAGCAAAUGCAUGUUGCUGGUUCCUUUUGCUUUCGACAGCAAUAUUUUACAAUGGCACGACUUGUCAUAUGUGGGCCAAAUAAAUAGGGGUGGGCUGUGGUAAGAGGAACAGGAAGAGAGGAGUCGAGAUAGAGCAAAGGUAGAAAGGCAGUCAGAGAGGGUGAAAGCUUCACACGUCGGCAUGUGAAACUCUUCAUAGCGGGUUUUUUUUUCUUCAUAAAGAUGCUAACGGGACAAGUAUCAAGCCAAAAAAAUGCAGUGCUCAGUCUGUGCUGACUUCAAAAGAUGAUGCUUUGAAGCGACACAUUUCAAAAGAUAAGGGUUUGACAGCGAGCUUAAUGGAUUCCACAGAGAUCAAAGUUGAAAAGGCUGAAGAGGGGCUCCUGGAACCUCUUGUCAUCACCGAAGAAGGAGACAUAACUGAGGGUGUCGCUGAAAGACGGGUGUUUAGGAGUUCAGCUAUAAUCAUACUGAACUUCAGGGGAGAGUCGGUUCUGAAAAAGGAAGAGGAAAACACAGGAGAGGACAAACAUGAAGAAGAUAUAGCGAGUAAAAUGUGUUUGGAAAAGCGGAGCCCGGAAAAAAAACAAACCAACACAGAGGGCGACCAGACAGGAGAGGUUGCUGUGGAUGAAGGGGACAAACAGGAUGAUGAUAAAACAGAGGAAACUGAGAACAUGAAUGAUGGACAGAGCAGAGGUGAUAGGAAUAGUGAAGGGCAGACAGAUGAAGUGAUGAGGAUUCGUGAAAAACUUGAGAAACCCAGUGACGCAGAGGAUGAAAAGGUUACACGAGACGACCCUCACCUGGACGUAAAGAAGUUAAAUUCAUCAGAGCAACAACCUGAAGGGACACAGAGCCAAGAGGAGGAUUUAAAAAAGGCUCAGCGCUUAACCCCUGACUUCCCGGAGGCACUGUAUGAGCUGCUCUGCACCCUUCAGGAGGGGAGACGCCUCAAUGACCAGCGCUGCUCCUUCAGGCAAGAGAGCGGGGUCAGGAGGCGGAGGUGCCACUCUGAGCCCAACACAACCAAACCCGUCAACAGAGUCAUCUUUUCCUCCAUGACUUCACUGCAGAAAGAAGAGUUUUUUGAGCUGGUGGCCACCGCUCAAGCCCGCCGGCUGGAUGACCAGAGGGCGCAGCUCGAAAAGUCACCACAGCCAAAACCAAAAGCCAGAAGCUUCAGAGGCAGCAUAAAGCAGCUCUCUUUUGUGAAAAAGCCUGCACCAGUUCCUGUGCCUAAAGAGGAUCUCUAUAAUAUGAUUCUCACGACACAAGCCCAGGGCAGGCUGGAGGACCAGCGCAGCAGGGCUCCUGGUCCCAUGGAUGAUGACGACUUCUUCUCCCUGCUCCUGAGGGUCCAGGGGGGGCGCAUGGACGAACAGAGGACUGAACUACCGUGCAUGCUUCAAACCUGACAUGGAAAACAAAAGCUGUGGGGCUACUGUGGAAGUCAUUCCAGUAUUGUAGGCUUUUUUUUAGUCUGAUUUCCUGUUAAAAGUGGGGUUUUGUUGACCCUGAUGAUGCUUUGUCUUAGGGAAUUAUUUUCCCUCUUGAUGGUGUUGUUCAGUGUUAAAGCUGAUGAGAUUGUAGCAAAAACGCUAAUGUUUGAGUAUCAGAGCUUUUAACAUGACUCAACAACUCUCCUGAUGAGAUUGUGAAGUUUACUUCCAAUUAGGUUUCUUUUUUGCAUCCCUAGUAAAUAGGAUCAGUAGAUAUGCCUUUUUACUGCCAAAUCUUGCAGUUUAUUGAAUGUCUGCAGUGAGUGGUUGAAUGUUUUUGUGUGUGUUCCUGUUCUCAAUGUGGAAGAGGCAGUCCAUUGAUCUCUGUUAUUCUCCUUUUUUUGUACAGUAGAUAUUAAAUACACCAGGAAUGGUGGUGAGGGGAUGGUAAGUCCAAGGCCACACAGUGCUUGGUUGUAUAUGGAUAAUUUUCCUCCAAAAAUAAAGAA